UAAAUGGAAGAAGCAAAUCAGUCUGUGGUGUCUGAAUUCAUUAUUCUUGGGCUUUGUGAUUCAUGGGAACUCCAGGCCUUCUUCCUGGUGACAUUUUCUUCCCUUUAUUUGAUCACUGUUUUAGGCAACCUCUUCAUUGUGGUCAUAAUUAUUACUGAUCUCCACCUUCACUCCCCUAUGUACUUCUUGUUAGCCAAUCUCUCCUUCAUUGAUUUCUGCCUUUCUUCAGUCACAACCCCUAAAAUGAUCACAGACUUUCUAAAGGAAAACAAGACCAUCUCCUUCGGAGGGUGUAUGUGCCAGAUUUUCUUUGGACACUUCUUUGGUGGGGGUGAGAUGGUACUGCUUGUGUCAAUGGCCUAUGAUCAUUAUGUGGCCAUCUGCAAGCCCCUCCAUUACUCCAGCAUCAUGGACCGGCAUAUGUGCAUUGGGUUAGUGAUGACUUCAUGGAUCAUAGGCUUUUUACAUUCAAUGAGCCAGCUAGCUCUGAUUAUAAAGCUGCCCUUCUGUGGACCCAGAGAACUGGAUAGUUUUUUCUGUGAUAUUCCAUUGGUGAUCAAGCUAGCCUGCAUGGACACCUCUAUUCUAGAAAUCUUGAUAAAUGCUGACAGUGGGGUGCUGGCAACCAUCUGCUUCAUUCUGUUGCUGAUCUCUUACUCGCAUAUUCUGUUUACUGUCUGCCUUCACUCUACAGAUGGGGCAUCGAAGGCUCUAUCCACUUGCACUGCCCAUGUCACGGUGGUGGUGCUCUUCUUUGGGCCCUGCAUCUUCAUCUAUCUGUGGCCAGUCAGCAUCACCUGGGUGGACAAGUUUCUUGCUGUGUUUUAUGCAGUCAUCACACCUCUGCUGAAUCCAGCCAUUUACACCUUAAGAAACAAAGAGAUUAAAAAUGCCAUGAAGAGACUGCGAUGUUAG